GCGCACAUGUACUGCCACGUGUGCAGAGGCAUUGUACAUAGAUUUACUUUGCCCUGGUUGUGAUGACAUGCUUAUCCUAGACCACUGAUUCACUGUGCAUCACUUCAUAAUUCAUCGACACUCAUAUAAUGCACACUACGUAUGCGAUGAUCAAGGCUCUUGAGUCUUAGACCCAAUCCCUCUCAGACCCCAACUCCUGCUCGGAGCUCCCUCGUGUUCAGUGAUAAACGGAGUUACUUUACCCAAAGAUGAUGAUCAAACAUUUCUCACAGUACUCUCCUAUUGACACUCUCGAUGAUGACGACGAGAAACUAUCUGGUGAUGCAGAAAGAUUCGGUGCAGAACCUCGUCCCGAGUCGCGUGCCCUCCGCCUGUGGUUGACCCAUGGCAUACUUGUUUGUACAUCGGUUAUCUCUUUCGCGCUAUGGAUGGCAUUGGAUGCGUACGCCUUCGACUCACCUGCGUAAUGACAUUCCUAGUAUAUACUCUCCAGCAAAUAUCACCGUCGAGCCCGCGAUUGUAAAGUUUAACGGGACCCUCGACUUUCCUUCUAUCUAUCGUGGCCCCCCUUCCCCAGAAAUUGAUGCCGCUUUGAGUCGAAUAGGUCGUGAUGUGACGCCGACUUGGAUGACCCGUGAGGAGAUGCUCAAAGCAGGCACAACAGAUUUACGUUCGAAAGUUAGGUAUCCGGACAAAAUUGGUGGAGGUUACAUGGUUUCUUUGGAAUCCGCUCACCAAAUGCAUUGUGUGAACUUGCUUCGCAAAGCCUCCUGGUUGGAGUAUUAUGAGCCCACGGAUAUGUCGUUCCAAGACACCCCAGAAAUAGUCCGUCUGCAUCUUGAUCACUGUAUCGAAAUGAUAAGGCAGAAUAUCAUGUGCAAUGCCGACGUGACGAUGAUCACAUGGUACUGGGUGCAGGGACACACGGUCCCUUACCCUAACUUCAACACCCGUCAUCGAUGCUGGAACUUUGAGAAAAUCAUAGAUUGGUCUGUCGAACACGCUGUUCAUAUCGAUCCAUCUGAGGUUACUCGUUUCGAAGAUACGGUUGACCUCCCUACACCUCAGCGCGUCACGUCGUGAUGCAUGAGGAAUAUCAUGCUGCUCGCCUGCUUGCUCACUGCACUUGUUCAGCCUGAAUACCGUGGAAGGAGAGUAGCUAUUGGUGCCUUGGAAGAACUGUCGUAUCUAAGUCUAUAAAACAAGCGGGAUGUAGAUUGAUGCUAAUCUAGAAUAUCAGACUCAAGGCUUGUAUGUCUAGGCCAGAGAACAGGAAUGAUGAGCAAACGCUUGAUUCCCAGACACUUGCUCACGGAUCAUCUUGUUUCGCAAGGCCACUAGACCCAAUGAUUGUCGCUGAUGAAUAAUCGGUGUGUCAUCGCCUGCUAAAUCGCUAAAAGGCUACGUAUGUAUUUGCUUCGCAGGGAUUGGGAUUCCAAAAAGUGUGC